ACACGGCUGGUCGGCAACUUAGCGGUUGAUGGCGGUGGGAAAGUAAACCGCCAUCGUCGGUUUACCCCACGAACCGAGUGCCGAUAUGCUGCCGAGCGGGUUCAAAUACUCGCCGCCGUCGUGGAGACCUUCUUCGUCCAUCGUCUACUCCUCCUCUACUCUUACUCAGUAUCGCCAUGCCUCAGAUCAUCUACAAGUCCCACACCGCAGACAUCCCGCUCUUCUACGGCUCCCUCCCCGACCUCCUCUCCUCCUCCCCCUACCACCUCAACCGCGGCCACCGUCCCCUCGUCACCGACGCUGCCACCGGCCUCACCCUCACCAUCGCAGACCACUACCGUCUCGUGCGCGCGCUCGCCGUCGUCCUCAAGCGCAAGUACGCCUUCAAGCGCGGCACAGUCGUCGGCCUCCUCAUCCCCAACCACGUCUACCUCGGCGCGCUCCACCACGCCAUCCUCUGGGCGGGCGGCAUCAUCAGCCCCGUCAACUCGGCAUACCAGCACAAGGACUUUUCUGAUCAGAUCGUUGCCGCCGGCGCUGACUUUGUCGUGGCCCUCGACGGACCCUGGCUCACCGUCGCGUCCGAGUCCCUCGCCCAGAUCGGCGACCGCUCCACCAAACUGCUCUCCUUCACCGACCUCACCAACCAGGCUCUGAGCAACCUCUCUCUCGGCGAUGGCCCCGAAGGCGACCCUCUCCCCCUCGACCGCCCGUCAAAGGAGACCGUCGCGUACCUCUGCUUCUCGUCCGGCACGACCGGCAAGUUCAAGGGCGUCAUGACCUCGCACUACAACCUCGCCAACAACGUGCUGCAGUCCGUCCUGCACUCGCAGCACACCUUCACCCAGUUCGGCGUCUACGCCGGCUUCCUCCCGCAGACGCACAUCUACGGCCUGCAGACCCAUCUGUACGUGACCCAGUACCUCGGCGCGCAGCUCGUCGUCUUCCCCAAGUUUGUCUUCCCGGACUUUUUGCGCGCGGUCGAAAAGUACCACAUCUCGCACGUCAACGUCGUGCCCCCGAUCAUGGUCCUGCUCGCAAAGUCCCCGCUCGUCGACCAGUACCCGACCAUCAAAGACCACCUGCGCGUGCUCGUCUCCGGCGCCGCCCCGCUCUCGGAAUCCCUCGCGGCCGCGGUCUCGGAGCGGCUGGGCGAGGGCAAGAUCUGCAUCUGCCAGGGCUACGGCAUGACCGAGAUGUCGCCCGUUACGCAUGCCACGCCCACAAACAGACCAGACACCAAGAUCGGCACGAUCGGAACGCUCGUUCCAAACGUCGAGGCCCGUCUUGUUGACCCGGACACGCUCGAGGACGUGCCGUACGGUGGACCAGGCGAGCUGCUGUUCCGCGGGCCGAACGUGAUGAUGGGGUACCUCAAGAACGAGGCGGCCACGCGCGAGUCCCUGAUUGGCGACGGCUGGAUGCGCACGGGCGAUAUCGCGUCGAUCGACGAGGACGGGUACUACAAGAUCGUCGACCGCGCAAAGGAAAUGAUAAAGUCAAAGGGCUUCCAGGUCGCGCCGGCCGAGCUCGAGGCGCUCUUGCUCACGCACCCUGACGUCGCUGACGCGGCGGUGGUCGGGCACUGGUCCGAGGAGGAAGCGACCGAGCGGCCGCGCGCGUUCGUCGUCCUGCGUAAUGGUGGGGAUGCGGAGAAAGUGCAUAGAUGGAUGGACGAGCGCGUUGCGAAGCAUAAGAGGCUUUAUGGUGGCAUCGUCGUGCUUGAUGAGAUUCCAAAGAGUCCGUCGGGUAAGAUCUUGCGACGCCUGCUCAAGACGCGCAAGGGCGAUAAAGCGACUGUGUACAAGAGCGUGGUUUCGAAGUUAUAAUCAGUGAAGAGUGAUAUAGUGAUAAACUGUUUGAAUAUUAUAAACUCGCAUAUGACAAUAACAGACCCCAUCAACACCGAAAGC